AACAGCGCGCGCACGGGACGAUAGGCUAGUGACGUCACCGAAAAAUGGUGAGACUGCGCACAAAUACGGAAUUUCAGCUACUGUGCUAACACCGGAAGUCCGCGACACAUAAUUGGCAGUAACGGCAAACAUCAGCUCCAGCAAUAGCAACAUAUGAAAAUUACAUCCACAUGGCUCAUAUUACUCUGAUUGGUCAUCAUUUUACACCGGCUGAGAUUUGCACCUGUCUCUGUAUAUUAAGCUGGGCACUGAGUGCCAGUUGGGGUGUGGACAUGUAGUGUGGAUCUGAAAUCUAAAGUGCCUGAAGUGCAACAAUGAAAAAGAAGUCAGAAUCCAAGAGUGUCGGCCCUGUGAGAGAAGAGGAGUCUUCUCCAUGGAAUGGGAUUACCCUCAAUAGAUGUCUAGCUGUUGCUGCUAUUGCCGCCCUUCUGAGUAUGGGGUUUCAGGUGCUGCAAGAUGCUGUUGAUGAUGACCCUGCAGAUGUAGAAGCUGAAGCCUGGACUCCACCCGAUCAAAGUGAUGAACUUGCAGAGCCAUGGUUUUUUGAAGCCUGGUUUGGGUCAUCGAAAGCAGAAUUGCCUGAAGUGGAGCAACCAGGAUCUCCUGAUAUUGAAGAGCCAGACCUUCCAAUGGAGGAAGAAGAAGAACCACCACCUGUAGUUGAAGAACAGGAACUAACCAUAGAAGAAGUAGCUGAAACAACUGAAACUGACGAAGAAUCACCACACUUUAAGAAAACAGAGGAAAGAAAAGACAGAGAAAAACUAAAUGGACAAUGGGGGUUAAAGCCCAAAAGCAAAUACAUGGAAGCCAAAGUCGGCAAAAUAAAAAUAGCAACUGAGGAUGAUUCUCAGAGAAGAGAUAUAUUUCCAUUUCAUAAGAAACCAAAAGAACUAAUCAAGUCUUUUGAAGAUGCCAAAGACAAGUCAUACAAAGAAAAAAGUUACCAGAAAAAAUAUGAUGAAAAGAAACCUGAUCACUCAAAGAAACUGGAUUUUGGAAAGCCAUACAGAAAUCAAAAAGAGGAGCAACAUAAAAAUGUCAAACAAGACAAGGGAAGAAAAGUUGAAAAGGAAUAUAAGGGAAAUAAGCAAUAUCCCCAGGACAAGGAAUACAAGAGGAAGCAUGAUUCACGGCAUUAUGGUUAAUACUUCUUAGGGGCACAUUUAUUAAGACCGGCGUCUUAAUAAGGCCCUGUGCUAGCGGUGGAUCCGCCAUAGUUAAAAGGAGGCGCCAGCCUCUGCAUAACUUUGACAGAUCCACUACUGCUUCUAAAUGUAAGACAGCUUCCUAGCUGUCUCACAUUUAGACCAUUUUCUUUUCCUAAACCAGGCGUAGAAAAUGGUCCCCUUCCCCACCCACGUCACGUCCACUUCUUUAGACCCGUAAGCAGCUAAUAGAGCUGUAUUUCUGUUUAAUAAAUGACCCACUGUGUUUUUUGGAGGAGGUUUUGAGGUAGAUUUUCCUACAUGUUUUUCAGCCAAAGCCAGAAGUGGAUUAAAAAGGAUUUGAAAAUAUACAGU